AUAUUCAACGAUAGGAGAUUCGCAAAAAAUCACUUUGAUAAAGCCCCAAAGCAAUAUAUGGUUCUCAAGCUAACGGAGGAAUAUAGGCUUUGCUCAUUCCGUGGUGAGCUCGAAAGCUACAAUAGAAUAGUGGUUUGGAACCCGUGUACUGGUCAAACCAAGUGGAUCACCGAUCCCAGCGAUCGUGUCAUGUUUUGGGUAACUUUUACUCUUGGAAGGUGCUACCAAGAAAAUAAUUAUAGCUAUAAAUUAUUGAGACACGUGCCUUGUUACGAGAAGCUAAUAUUUGAAAUCUGUGAGAUCAACUCCGAUUCAUGCUGGAGGAUUCCUCAUGAUGUCACUCCAGACUGCUUAUUACAGUUUGCUCAUUACAGCGUGUAUUUGAAAGGAAAGACCUACUGGUGUGCUUCGGAUUCAAAAGAGUUUGAUGCGUGCAUGCAUUUACUGAGCUUUGAUUAUACAACAGAGAGAUUUGGACGUCUGUGCCUUCCUGGCCCGUAUUGUAGACUCCAUACUGUGUCUCUAUCGGUUGUUAGAGAAGAGAAGCUUUCCGUGUUAUUACGACCCCAUGAUAGACUUGGAAACGAGAUAGAGAUAUGGAUAAGCAGUCCUAUUGAUGAUCCCAAAGCUGUGUCGUGGAGCAAGAUCUUCGCUUUGGAUGAUCCUCGUCUUG